AUGAGUUUGACGUAUACUGCAGAAAGGGCAUCAGAGCUGAUUUCCAAUGCGGACACCAUUAAGAAGGAGGUGGAAAGCCUGAGUGCAGGAAGAACCAGAUUAGUGUGCGUUUCAAAGCUGAAGCCAGCUAGUGAUAUACAAGCAUUAUAUGACGUUGGAUAUCGCCACUUUGGUGAAAAUUAUGUCCAGGAGUUGAUUGAGAAGGCCAAGGUGCUUCCUGGUGACAUAGAGUGGCAUUUCAUUGGUGGACUCCAAACCAACAAGUGCAAAGAUCUAGCCAAGAAUGUGGUCAACUUGUAUGCUGUUGAGACGAUUGAUAGCGAGAAAAAAGCCAAAAAGCUCAAUGACACUCGUGCCGAAGACCUUCCCGUGAUCAACGUUUAUAUCCAGGUUAACACCUCCGGCGAAGACCAGAAGAGCGGCGCUGCUCCAGAUGAAUGUGAAUCUUUGGCCCAGACGAUUCUGACGGGGUGUCCCCGUCUUUCUCUCGAAGGACUCAUGACAAUUGGUUCUUUUGGUGCUUCAACAUCACAGGGCGAGAACCAAGACUUCAAGACUCUGGUCGAAGUGCAGAAGAAACUGGAGUCUAAAUUCGGUAUUUCACUCAAGUUAUCUAUGGGAAUGAGUGCUGACUAUAAGGAGGCCAUUCGCCAAGGUUCGACGAGUGUUCGUGUUGGCAGUGAUAUCUUUGGUGCUCGUCCGGUCAAACAGUGA